AUGGGACCGGUUGAUAAACUCCAAUUGCUUAAGAAACUAUCAGCUGCAAGAGCUAACAAAUCGACUAAAGAAUUUUUAGACGAUGAGCUUGAUAAAAAUAAUGAUAAAGUGUAUGAUAUAGUUGAUAAUGAGCAGUUUGAUGAGCGAAGGAGGAGGGAAUUGUUGCAUGAUGAUUUUGUUGUUGAUGAUGACGCUAGUGGAUAUGUCGAUAAAGGUGUAGAUGAGUGGGACCGUAGACACGAAGAGUACGAAGACGCUAGUGAAAGCGAGGACGAGGGCAAGGGCAAAAAGAGUAAGAGAUCGAAGGCCUCAAUUAACGAGUUGAUUAAUAAUACUCAUAAAACUAGGUCUGUGGUUCCGCAGCUGAAAAAACCCAAGAGUGUAGCAAUUGAUGAGUUUAAUGAUAUUUUGGAGGAGUUCAGUUCCGAAGUAGCGUCGACAAAAGCCAUAACUAGUCCUUUUUUGAAGGGAACAGCUGGUAGGCGUAGAAUUGAGAAGAGGACCAGUCAAGUGGCUGAGCAUUCGUUGAGUAGUGCGAAGAAGCUGAAAAUAGCUGCAGUUGAUCGUUCAGAUCCUAUGCCAGUACUGGACUCUUCGCCGUUGAAAAGUAAGUACAAAAGCUCACGAUUGGACCCUUCUUCCGACGGCGCGGAAGCGCCUAGGGUCAAUCUGAUGGUUGAUACAAUAGAAAGCUCUCCUGUUACUUUGGAUUCGAAAUCGUCACCUGUGAAACGGGAGAAUGCAAAAGCUGAAGAUUUCUUAGAUGACGAUAGUGACGACGAAAUACAGUUUACAAGAAGACCUGUACGAAGCGUAGCUGUUAACCGGGAAGUCACAUUUCAUUCUACUUCUGCUGCUUCCCAGAUAGUUCCACCGCCCAGCGAAAAAGAAGACCAAAAGCAGUACUCUUCGCCAACAAGGGCUGCAAUGAGUGCUGUAUUUUCUUUGAAACCAUCAUAUACCAAAGAACAGUUGGUUGAUAGUGCUACAGACAGUUGUAAACUGUAUUGGUUGGACUUCACGGAACUCGACACCUCUUUAGUUCUUUUUGGCAAGAUCAAGACUGACGAUAACCAGACCAUCUCAGCUAUGGUCCAUGUUACAGGCCUCUACAGGGAACUGUACUUUCUUCCUCGAGAAGGGAAAACCGCUAUGGAUGUCCAUGAGGAAAUCAUACCGCUAUUGUUAGACAAGUAUGGCUUGGACAAUAUCCGGGCAAAGCCAGAGACGAAGAAAUACGCGUUUGAGUUGUCCAAUAUACCAAAGGAGUCCGAGUACUUGAAAGUCUUGUUGCCAUACGACACGCCUAAAUCUAAGGGUUUAGUGUUGCCUCCAGACCUUUCAGGAGAUUCUUUUAGUAAUGUGUUUGGAGGUGGUGCUAGCAUCUUUGAGAGUUUUGUGCUACAAAGAAGAAUCAUGGGGCCCUGUUGGUUAGAUAUUAAAAACGGAGAUUUCAAUGCACUUCAGAAUGCAUCACACUGUGCUGUAGAUGUUCUAGUAGCCAGCCCAACCCAGAUUAGCCCUGUUCAGCAAAGAAUUGAUGCGCCAGCGUUGAACUGCAUUUCCUUAAGCGUGCAAUCAGUUAUGAAUCCAGUGGAGAACAAGCAGGAGAUUGUCACAUUAACAAUGGCGAUAUACACUAAUCUUCCCCAGGAUAAACCAAUUACAGAGGAUUUGAAGCCUAACGAGAUCAUAACACUGGUAAGGCCUCCAAAAGGUCCUAGUUUUCCUCCAGGAAUGGCAACAUUGAGUAAGAAGGAACUGCCAAAUGUGAGGAUGUUUAACACAGAAAAGGCAGUCCUGAAUUGUUUCUGUGCUCUGAUGAAGAGAAAUGAUCCAGAUGUUAUAAUUGGUCAUAAACUGGAAAAUAUGUCUCUCGAUAUACUUUCGCACAGGGCCUACGAUCUGAAGAUUCCAACGUUUAGUGCUUUUGGGAGACGCAUUAGAAAAUCGUGGCCAGACAAGUUUGGUAAAAACAGCGCUAACAUGAUCAAUCAGUUUUAUAUCAGAAAUCUAUUUUCUGGUAGACUGCUGUGCGACAUCUCAAAUGAAAUGGGACAAUCAUUGACACCCAAAUGUCAGAGUUGGGAGUUAGGUGAAAUGUAUCAAGUUACAUGCAAUAAGGAGCACAAGUUCCUAGACGUCGAUUACAGCGAUGCCCAGUAUCAUGACAAUGCCAAUUGCUUGGUAUUGGCGUUGAAAGAAAGUGUUCAUAGUGCGGUAAUUGCUGCAGAAAUCGCUUUCCGAAUUCAGAUUCUGUCUUUGACCAAACAGCUCACAACUUUAGCGGGAAAUGCAUGGUGUCAAACCAUAGGUGGUACCAGAGCUGGUAGAAACGAAUACAUUCUGUUACAUGAAUUCUAUAGGAAUAACUACAUCCUACCUGAUAAGGAAACCAAUAAUGAAAGGGCCGAUAGACAGCGGAGGUUGAAAGCUAUGAAUAAUACCGAUGGGGAAAUUGAGCCCACAACCUCGAGCAAGAAGGCGAAAUAUCAAGGUGGUCUUGUUUUCGAGCCAGAGAAAGGUCUACACAAGAAUUACAUUUUAGUUAUGGAUUUCAAUUCCUUGUAUCCAUCUAUUAUCCAGGAAUAUAAUAUCUGUUUUACCACUGUUGACAGGAAUCCUGAGAACACGGAUGAACUACCAGAAGUACCGUCAAGUGAUAUGGCCCAGGGGGUGUUACCUAAGUUACUGGCAAACCUUGUGCAACGUCGUUAUGAAGUAAAGAAGCUUAUGAAAACCGAAACAGAUCCUCAUAGAAAGGCUGAGUGCGAUAUUAGGCAGCAAGCUUUAAAGUUAACUGCGAACUCCAUGUACGGUUGUUUGGGUUACGUUAACAGUAGGUUUUAUGCAAAACCUCUAGCAAUGUUGGUCACAAAUAAGGGUAGAGAGAUUCUGAUGAACACUAGGCAAUUGGCAGAAAGUCUAGCACUGAAGGUUGUGUACGGUGAUACCGACUCGGUUAUGAUUGAUACCGGCUGUGACAAUUAUAAAGACGCAUUCAAUAUCGGUGAAAACUUUAAGAAAUUGGUUAAUGAAAGAUACAAGCUACUAGAAAUUGAUAUCGAUAAUCUGUUCAAAAAGCUUCUAUUACAUGCUAAAAAGAAGUAUGCAGCACUCAAUGCCAGUUUCGAUAAGGCCGGGAAUGAAAGGACGAUUUUAGAAGUAAAAGGUCUGGAUAUGAGGCGUCGUGAGUACUGCCCACUCUCAAAAGAGGUUUCAACUUAUGUCCUGAAUACCAUCCUCUCCGAUAAAGACCCUGAAUCUGCCCUACAGGAAAUUUACAAUUAUAUGGAAGAUCUUAAAGCCAAGGUUGAGAACAACGAAAUAAGGGCAGACAAAUACAAAAUUAACACAAGGCUCUCGAAAGAUCCCAAGUCGUAUCCUAAUGGGAAAACUAUGCCCGCAGUUCAGGUCGCCCUUAAGAUGCGGGAGGCCGGCAAAGUUAUUAAAGCGGGAAGUGUCAUUACCUUCGUUAUAACAAAGGGCUCCGAUGACCCCGGCCAAGAUGACAGCAAUCCUGCGAGCCGGGCAUACCCCCUCCACGAAGUGAUGAAUAAGAGCAACAAUUUCGUACCAGACCCAAAGUACUACCUAGAAAAGCAGAUUUUUGCGCCCGUGGAGAGGCUGCUGGAAUCGAUUGAAAGUUUCGAUAUAGUUAGGCUAAGCACAUCGCUUGGCCUGGACAGCAGGCGCUACAUCAACCGCGUUGGAGCGGGAGGGGAACUAGAAAAUCCUGCAGAUGCGUUACAGCCUCUGGAAUCCACAAUCAGCGAUAUGGAGCGUUUUAAGGACACCUCAAAACUGCUUGUUUCUUGUCCUUCCUGCCAGAACAAAUUCCCUUUCGGCGGCAUUGUCGCUUCGAAUCACUACAUAUUUUCCUACAACGGUCUCCAGUGUAAGCACUGUAAUCACCUCUUCUCUCCUAUAGCACUGUCCUGCCAGUUGGAGCGUGCCAUCAGAACCCACAUAUCCCUUUACUACGCAGGCUGGCUCACUUGCGAUGACUCUACAUGCGGCAUCAUCACCCGUCAAAUCAGCGUCUUCGGCAAACGUUGCCUAAAUGAAGAAUGUACAGGGGUAAUAAGGUACCGCUAUAGCGACAAACAGCUUUACAACCAGCUACUAUACUUUGACUCUCUUUUCGAUAUUAACAAAAAUAAAGCUCAACUACUGCGCCCGUUAUAUCUCCCAGGAGAUCCAGACGAACCAAAAGAACCAUUAAGUUCUUCGCAGAUAGCUGCGCUGUCAGAACAAAACCGCGAGCUGUUUGAAACAAGCCAAGCCGUCGUCCAAAAAUACUUGAACCAAUGUGGUCGUCGGUAUGUUGACAUAAGAGCUAUUUUUGAUUUCAUGGUCUAA